UUUCGAGGUGCUUUCGCGAACACAAGAUUGAGCCAUAUUCUUGACGCUGACUAUGAGUUUCUCCAUCAAACUGGGUGUUCCUCAACCUGCUCAUCUAGCCGUGUUGCCCACUCCUGUUUCCAACGACAAAAAAGUAAGACACAGAAUUCUAACUCUACCAUCAAACGGAGCCCACGGAGGCAAACUUGCCCAAUCAGCUGCACGAGAUGAAACUCACAAACAGUCACACUUUCAACCAUUGGUUGAUCUCCUACGUGACUGUGCCGAUAAAGGGUCAGUAGAACAAGCAAAAGCGGUUCAUGGGUUCGUGUUAAAAUCCGAUUUUUCGGGUAGGGAUUUGUUGGUGUUGUUAAAUCAUGUAGCUCAUACGUAUUCCAAAUGCUCGGGUUUUGAUGUGGCUCUUCGAGUGUUUGAUAAAAUGUCUGAAAGAAACAUAUUUUCUUGGACAGUCAUGAUUGUUGGGUCGACGGAGAAUGGUUUUUUUCUUCGAGGAUUCCAGUUCUUUUGCGAAAUGAUGAAUCGUGGAAUCUUGCCUGAUGGGUUUGCAUAUUCGUCAAUCAUGCAGGCGUGUAUUGGUUUAGAUUGUGUUGAGUUGGGUAGAAUGGUUCAUGCCCAGAUUGUUAUAAGAGGCUUUGCAUCUCAUACUUUUGUUAGUACAUCUCUUCUUAAUAUGUAUGCCAAGUUGGGAAUGAUUGAAGAUUCGUAUAAGGUGUUUGAGACCAUGACUGAACAUAACCAAGUCUCGUGGAAUGCAAUGAUCUCGGGGUACACCUCGAAUGGUCUUCACUUAGAAGCAUUUGAUCAUUUCCUUAGAAUGAAGAAAGGAGGCAUUACACCAAAUCUGUACACAGUUAUUAGUGUUUCAAAAGCAGUUGGAAGCUUAGGUGAUAUAGGAAAGGGCAAAGAGGUUCACAAGUAUGUUUCUGAAUUGGGUUUGGAGUCUAAUGUUCUUGUCGGAACUGCUCUAAUGGAUAUGUUCUCCAAAUGUGGGUCUUUAAGCGAAGCAAGAUCCAUUUUUGACUCGAAUUUCAUCAACUGCGGGGUUAACACUCCUUGGAAUGCAAUGAUUUCAGGCUAUUCUCAAUGUGGGUUUAGCCAAGAAGCUUUGGAACUCUUUCAAGAAAUGUCCCGAAAUGAUAUAAAAUCUGAUGUUUACACGCACUGUAGUGUGUUCAAUGCAAUUGCCGCAUUGAAGUUUCUUCAAUUCGGAAAGGAAGUUCAUGGGAUGGUUUUAAAAUGUGGAUUAAAUAUGAAUGUAAGUGUUUCCAAUGCAAUUGCUGAUGCAUAUGCCAAAUGUGGGUCACUUGAAGAUGUAAGGAAGGUAUUUGACAGGAUGGAAGAGAGAGAUAUAGUGUCUUGGACAACACUGUUGACUGGUUACUCUCAAUGUUCUGAAUGGGAGGAAGCACUAGCUAUCUUCUCUCAGAUGAGGGAAGAAGGCUUUAUACCCAAUCAGUUUACCUUUUCUAGUGUUCUUGUUGCUUGCACCAGCCUUUUUUUACUUGAAUAUGGUCAUCAAGUCCAUUCUCUUCUUUGCAAGGCUGGCUUGGACACUGACAAGUGCAUAGAAAGUGCUCUGAUUGACAUGUACGCCAAAUGUGGUAGUAUAACUGAGGCGUGUCAGGUUUUUGAGAGGAUAUCUAACCCUGAUACUAUUACAUGGACAGCUGUUAUAUCAGGUUAUGCUCAACAUGGUCUAAUGGAGGAUUCCAUUCAGCUCUUUAGGAGGAUGUUUCAGUCAGGUGUGAAGCCCAAUGCUGUUACCUUAUUGUGUGUUCUGUUUGCGUGCAGCCAUGGAGGUAUGGUGGAGGAGGGCCUAAACUAUUUUCAACAAAUGGAGGACACUUAUGGUCUGGUGCCAAAGAUGGAACAUUACGCAUGUGUUGUUGAUCUCUUAGGUAGAGUGGGCCGCUUGGAUGAUGCAAUGGAGUUUAUACAAAGGAUGCCAAUUGAGCCCAACAUAAUGGUCUGGCAAACCUUGCUGGGAGCAUGUAGAGUCCACGGCAAUGUUGAGUUAGGAGAGAUUGCUGCUCAGAAAAUCCUCCCAAUUAUGCCAGAAUUUUCAGCUACCUAUGUUCUUCUAUCCAACACAUAUAUUGAGACAGGGAGUUAUGAAGAUGGACUUAUUUUGAGAGAUAGGAUGAAAGAGCAGGGUGUAAAGAAGGAAGCAGGAUAUAGUUGGAUUUCUGUAAAAGGUAGAAUCCAUAAAUUUUAUGCAGGAGAUCAACAGCAUCCACAAAAAGAGCACAUAUAUGCGAAGUUAGAAGAAUUGAGGAUGAAGAUCAAGUCCAUGGGUUAUGUGCCAGACUUGAGUUUUGCAUUGCGAGAUGUGGAUUGGAGAUAAAAGCCUUGUAUGAUUGAUGAAAGCUCACAAAAAGAGUAUAGCUGCUGAAUAGGUUCCUAGAGUGCUAGUGCUUAUGUGACUGACUUUGUUGAGCAAGGAAACUGAAUUGGGACGAAUAUCAUGGGUAUUUUGGCAAAGCAGUUGAAAUAGUGUGCAACAAUGGCUCAAGGUGUACAAAAACGAGGUCAAAGGUGAAUUAUCUCCAUCUUUGAAGCAGAUCAACACAUCAGAAACCUAUACUGAGUUGAUGAGGCUCUUCAAUUUAAAGAUGUUGGUAUUUUGUUUCCUUCUUUGAUAAUUGAUAUGACGAAAUGAGAAUGAAAAGCUUGUGGUUUCUGUUA